AAAUGGAGCAGCUUCAGAUCGGCCCUGCGGCCAUGCUGGAGGACGAGAUCAGCUGGCUUGAUAAUUUCGAGCCCACUUGGACCAACGAGCUGGAGACCAGCGAGGCCGACAACAUCCUGCUGGCUGGACACCUGCGCCUCAUUAAAACCCUGCUGUCCCUCUGCGGCAGUGAGAAAGAGCAGUUCGGUCCUUCUCUGAUCCAGCAACUGUUGGACGACUUCUUGUUCAGAGCGUCACGAAUCAUCCUGAACAGUGACAGCUCAUCUAGCACUACAGCAUCUAUCCACGACUUUCACCCAAAGUGCAGUACGGUCAGCAGUCGUCUGGCGGCGUACGAGGUGCUGGUCAUGUUGGCCGACAGCUCUCUUACUAACCUGCAGCUCAUCACUAAAGAACUGUUGUCCAUGCACCACCAAUCUGACCCAUCUCUCACCAAAGAGUUCGACUAUCUUCCUCCUGUAGACAGUCGUUCUGUGUCUGGGUUUGUGGGACUGAAGAACGGUGGUGCAACCUGCUACAUGAAUGCAGUGUUCCAGCAGCUCUACAUGCAGCCUGGUUUGCCUGAGGCUGUCUUGUCAAUUGAAGAUGACAUUGAAAACCCAGAGGAGAGUGUGUUCUGUCAGGUGCAGUCUCUGUUUGGUCACCUGAUGGAGAGCAAACUACAGUACUACAUACCUGAGAACUUCUGGAAGAUAUUUAAGAUGUGGAAUAAAGAAUUAUAUGUACGAGAACAGCAGGACGCCUAUGAGUUCUUCACCAGUCUGGUGGAUCAGCUUGAUGAACAUCUAAAGAAAAUCGGUCGAGAGCAGAUCUUCAAAAACACAUUCCAGGGCAUUUUCUCUGAUCAGAAGAUAUGUAAAGACUGCCCACACAGGUACGAGCGCGAGGAGACGUUCAUGGCUCUGAACUUGGGGGUGACAUCCUGUCAGAGUCUGGAGAUCUCUCUCGAUCAGUUCGUCAGAGGAGAGGUCCUGGAUGGCAGCAAUGCUUAUUACUGCGAGAAAUGUAAAGAGAAGCGUAUCACAGUGAAGCGGACCUGUAUAAAGUCUCUGCCCAGCGUGCUGGUCAUCCACCUCAUGCGAUUCGGCUUUGACUGGGAAAGCGGCCGGUCCAUCAAAUACGAUGAGCAGAUCCGAUUCCCCUGGGUGCUGAACAUGGAGCCGUACACAGUGUCAGGAAUGGCCCGUCAAGAUUCAAGUGCAGAUCAUGGAGAGAACGGGAGAGGGGGCGAGGCCGGAUCCGGGGGAUCGCCUCGGAAGAAGGUCACUAUCUCUGAGAACUAUGAACUGGUGGGAGUGGUGGUCCACAGCGGACAGGCCCAUGCAGGACACUAUUACUCAUUCAUCAAAGACCGCCGGGGUAGUUCACGAGGACGCUGGUAUAAGUUUAACGACAAUGUUGUUGAAGAGUUUGACAUGAACGAUGAGACUCUGGAGUACGAGUGUUUUGGAGGAGAGUACAGACCCAGAGUUUAUGACCAGUCUAACCCCUACCCGGAUGUGCGGCGGCGCUACUGGAACGCCUACAUGCUGUUCUACCAGCGCAUCAGUGACCAGAACUCCCCCGUCCUGCCCAAAAAGAGUCGAGUCAGCAUCGUGAGGCAGGAGGCAGAGGAUCUCUCACUGUCAGCUCCAUCCUCUCCAGAGAUCUCACCCCAAUCCUCCCCACGGCCACCCCGAGCCAACAAUGACCGCCUCACCCUGCUCACACGCUUGGUCAAGAAAGGAGAGAAGAAGGGUCUGUUUGUGGAAAAGAUGCCUGCUAGGAUCUAUCAGAUGGUGAGAGAUGAAAAUCUGAAGUUCAUGAAGAACAGAGACGUUUACAAUAGUGAUUACUUCAACUUCACACUGUCUCUGGCCUCUGUCAACGCGACGAAGUUAAAGCAUCCAUCGUAUCAGGCCAUGGCCAAAACCAGCCUGCAGCUGGCUGUCCAGUUCCUCUUCCACACUUAUCUGCGCACUAAAAAGAAACUCAGGGUGGACACAGAGGAGUGGAUCGCUACCAUGGAGGUUUUGUUGUCCAAGAGUAGUGAGGCGUGUCAGUGGAUGGUCCAGUACCUGGUGGCACCUGAAGGACGGGAGAUCAUCAAGAUCUGUCUGUUGGAAUGCAGUGUGCGGGAGGUCCGUGUCGUGGUGGCCACCAUCCUGGAGAAGACCCUGGAGAGUGCUUUGUACUUCCAGGACGCUGGGUUAGACUGUCUUUUGGACAUGCUGCUGUCUCUAUUGGAUAAGGAUGUCCCGGAUAACUGCAAGAACUGCUCUCAGUACUUCAGCCUCUUCAGUAACUUUGCUCAGAGGGGCUGUGGGCCAUGUCAGCUGCUGCUGAAACAUUCUGCUUAUCGUCGGAUGCUUGUCUUCCUCCUGGGACCCAACCGGCAAAACAACCAGCACCGGCGCUGGAGUUCAGCACAGGCUCGUGAGUUCCUGCAUCUUCACAACACUCUGGCCCUGAUCGUGCUGCACACAGACCUCACGUCUCAAAGGACAGAGUCUCAAGGAGUGUUCAAGCACGCUUCAUCAGGACUGGUGGCUCCAUCUUCACCCCUCCUGCCUCUACAUCCAGACAUUAACACGUUGCUCUUCAAAGCAGAAGGGCAGGUGUAUCUCAUGGAGGUGAUGUUUGCCAUGCGUGAGUUGUCCGGCCCAUUGUCGUUUCUCAUAGAGAUGAUCACAUAUUGCUCGUUCUGUAACGAACCUUUCUCACUGGGAGUCCUACACUUACUCAAGAACCAUCUGGAAACGGCUCCUCCUCACGAACUGAAGAACGUCUUUCAGAUGCUCCUAGAGAUCCUGAUGGUAGAGGACCCUCUGCAGUCUCAGAGGCUCAAAUAUGCAUUUGAAUCUGAAAAGGGCCUUCUGGCUUUGAUGCAUCAGAGCAACAAUGUGGACAGCAGUCGCUGCUAUCAGUGUGUGAAGUUCCUGGUCACACUGGCACAGAAAUGUUCUCCAGCUAAGGACUAUUUUAAAGAGCUCUCAGGACAUUGGAGUUGGGCAGUGCAGUGGCUUCAGAAGAAGAUGUCUGAGCACUACUGGACGCCUCAGAGUAACGUAUCGAAUGAGACGUCCACGGCUAAAACCUUCCAGCGCACCAUCUCAGCACAGGACACUCUAGCUUAUGCCACAGCUUUACUGAAUGAGAAGGAGCAGUCCGGCAGCAGUAAUGGUUCAGACGGCAGCCCGGCCAAUGAGAACUCAGACAGAAGCCUCAGACAGGGAUCCGAAUCCCCAAUGAUGUUGGGUGAUUCUCGAAGUGAUCUAGAAGAUGUGGAUCCGUAACGCUUCUCAUUGUUUUUGCGCAUCAAAACAACACAAAAAAGUUACCCUCCGACGGAAAGAUGUGGCUCUAAACAGACAAUCAGAAAACUGCAUUUGUUCUUCUAGGGACUGGAAAUGGAGCGACCUGAAGCAGCCAAAGGCCCCGUCGGAGCGCUCGCUCCUCAGGCCGCCUCACCUGAGAAGUAAACAGAGGCGAAUAUCGCUUUUUUUUUUUUUUUCUCUCUCUCUCUCUCUCUUCUGGUGGUCGAAGCCUGGCUGGAUGUAAUUAGAGUUCAGGUCAUGCAAGUGAUUUAGAUGUUUCUUCUGACUUGAGUUCUGUCAGACGAGUGAGACUUAAUAAAAACGGAGGCGUUUGUUUCCUUGACGUUUUUACGCCGAACUACUACUAUGGUGCCAGACAGGGCGUUUUAAAAGAAGUCAGCGUAUAUUUGCCAAUGUAAUUAAGUAGAUACUAUUCAUGAGAAAUGUAAAGAUGUGUUCCAUAAGUGUAAUUUCAAAUGUAAAAUAAUAUUUUUAAGAA